AUGAAGAGCACCAUUGCCAUCGCUGCCCUCGUGGCUGGCGCCAACGCCCUCGUUGGUCGCAGUGACAGCUGCUGUUUCCAGAUCGCUGCCUCUGGCGGCGAGUCCGGCUCCCUUGGCCAAUUGACCGAUGGUCAAGUUCGCCUCGGUGAUACCACCCUGUCGGCUGCUGAGUUCUGUAUCUCGAACUCCAUCAUUACCGAUAGCGAGGGUCGUGGAUGUGUUAUCACUAGUGAGUCAAUUUGUUCGCCAAAAUUAAAGAAAAGCAGCAGCACUAACAAGAAAUCUUCAGCCGAGACCACCCAGUUCCAAUGUGACCAGGGCGCCACCGGUACCUCUGGUUUCACCAUUUCCUCAUCUGGCUUGUUGAGCUUUGACGGUAGCUCCUCCUUCAUCGCUUGCCAGACUGGCGAGGAUAACGGAAGCAACAUCUACACUACCAACAGCACUUCUGUAACCGAAUGUGUUAGCGUUAAGCUGACCGGUGACUCCUGUGCCGCUGCUGCCUCAUCCUCCGUGGCCUCCUCUGUUGCCGCUGCCUCGCCGGCACCCAGCUCAUCCUCCGUCUCUUCAUCGCCCUACACAGUGAUUCAGUCAUCGAUUCCUGCUGUUCCCGUUACCACCGUGACCCCUACUUCUCGCCCUCUGAUCCCCACUAGCUCGGCAGUGAUUUCCACCCCCGUUGCUGCUUCAACUAGCGCUACUCAGAUCACCAGCUACACCUCGACCGCAACUGCCAGCACCAGCACCAGCACCAGCACUUCGUCUACGAGCUCCACCGCUUCUGCCGCUGCUUCUUCCACCGCUGCUACCAGCGGCGCGGCUACCUCUGCCCCCAUGGGCUUCGCUCACUGGGUCGCUUCCGUUGCUGUUAUGCUGAGCGUGAUGGUUCUCUACUAG